AGGAUGGCGUUCGUAGGGUUGUUGCCAGAGGUUGCUCUCAGUGCACCGCCACGCCAAGGAAGCUGUUCUAAGAAGGCCCGUAGAAACCGAAACUGUCUAGUAGGUUGCUCAGUCGGCCACCGUAACUGGACAAGACCCAUCUCGCCGCGAGGUGCAUCGCGAACACAUUGCGGCUCUUCUGCCCUGGCUUACAGUGGCGCGAAAACUGGCUGUUCGCAUUCCGUCGCACAGGCGGGGAGCAGCGGUAGUCGCCGCGGCCACAUAGCUGCUGGUGUUCUCUAGAGCCGUUGUUUUUUUUUUAACACCGUUGUUCGCAUGGCUGCUGGUGCGAGUUGUUGACGUCGACUCUCCUGUGAACGCCAAGAGCCAUUCAUCCCAUCUCCCAAUACACUUCUCCAGCCGGAGUCGCCAUGGUAGACGCCGCGUCGCGCAACGCGUCGCAGCAGCAGCAGCCGCCGCAGCAGCCAAGCCAGUCGCACAGCCAAGUCGUGCAGCCGUCGCAGCAGUCGCAGCAGUCGCAGGAGCCUCAGUCGCAGCAGCAAGAACAGCCGCACGGGCACGGUAUGAUGAUAAUCACGGACACCCAACCCCAGAACGCGCUGGUAGCAGAGCCACAGCCGUCGCAGCCGUCGCAGCAGUCGCAGUCGCAGCGACAAGAACAGCCGCACGGGCACAGUAUGAUAAGCACGGACACCCAACCUCAGAGCCCGCUAGUAGCAGACCCACAGCCGCCGCCGCAGCAGCAGCCGCUGGAGAGGGCAGUAGUAGAAACGGCGGCGGAGGCACGGAAAGCAGGUGAGAGCCGUCACGGAAUCAGGUUGCCCAUAAUCCGUUGUCCGCCACAGAGUGCUCAAGAAUCGCCUACAGCAGGCAGCCGUCACGGAAAUGAGUUGUUGUCCAAAACCGAUCUGGACUCUCGCGGCGAGGGGGACGAGGCGCUGAGAGGCGAAGCGUACUGCGUGGAGGACAGACGUGCGAUGGUGACGGCCGUUGAAAGGGCGGAGAGGGCAGGGAAAGCAGUUGAGAGCGAGAGGGAAGAGGCGCUGAGAGGCGAAGAGAGUUUCGCGGAGGAAAGUCGUGCGAUGCUGAGGGUCCUUGAAAGAGCCAUUGCAGAGAGGGAGGAAUUGCUGGCGGUGCUUUCCGAGGCUGUCAGGGACAGGGAGGAAGUGACGGCGGCGCUCGUCGAGGCCCUCAGGGAGAGGGACCAGUUAGCGAAGGCUGUUGAGGGAGCGAUUGAGGAAGGGGACGAAGCACCGCGGGCGAUUGAAAGGGCGAUUGGGGACAGGGAUGACGUGACGGCGGCGCUCGUCGAGGCGUGUAGGGAGAGGGACGAGGCGGUGAGGGCCGUAGAGGGGGCAAGGCGGGAGAGGGACGAGGCACUGACGGCUCUGGAGGGGGCGAUUGAGGAGAGGGACGACGCGGUGAGUGUGAUUGAAGAAGCGGCCAGGGCGCUUAGAGGGGCGAUUGGAGGGGCGAUUGGAGGGGCGAAUGGGGAGAAAGACUUGAUUGUUGGAGCAAUACUGGCGGGGAGGGAUGACGAGGUGGUGAAGCAGUUAGGGGAUUUAGAGGGGCGUUUUGAAGCAGAGAAUGUGAGGGAUGAUGAAGUGGUGAAGCUUUGCGUGGAAUGUUUAACUGAGUGCGAAGGGGGGGUGUGUGCGGGGGGGGAGGUGGGAGAGAGGUGGGACGAGGGAUGGGGGGAGGAGGCUGCUAUGUUAAAGCAUGAUUCAGAGAAGUGGUGGCGAGAGGCGAAGUUUGACGAGGAAGAAUCAGAGGGGAAGUGGGGAGAAGCGAAGGGGAGGGUGGAAGAACUGAAAGGAAUACUUGAUGCUGUGCAAGGGAUGCAGACGGUCUCUGAGAUGAAACUGGAGGAAGUUGAACGGAGGUUGGGGGAAAGUGACAAGAGAUUGGAAAAGAUGGGGAAUGAGAAGGCGGAAGCGGAGAGGAGGAGAGAGGAGGCGGAGAGGGGGAGGGAGGCGGCGGAGAGGGGGAGGGAGGUGGCAGAUGGGAGGAGGGAGGAGGAAGAGACGAGGAGGGUGGAAGCUGAGAGGGGAAGGGAGGAAGCGGAGAGGGGGAGAGAGGAGGCGGAGGCGCGAGCAUGUGCAGCAGAGAGGGCGAGAGAGGAGGCUGAGGAGAGGGCAAAGGAGGCGGAGAGGAGGAUAUUAGAAUGCGAGGAGAUGGUUAGAGAGGAAGAGGCAAGGCGCAUCGAGGCAGAGAGGCAGGCGAUGGAGGAGGCGGAGCGCAGGAGGGGUGAGGCCGAAAUGGCCACGGAAGAGGCUGUGAGGGCGAGAUUGAGUGCUGAGAGGGGGAGAGCGGAGGCUGAGGAGAGGGCAAAGGAGGCGGAGAGGAGGAUAUUGGAAAGUGAGGAGAGGGCCCCAAAGGAGGAGGCGGAGCGUAGGAGGAUUGAGGCUGAAAAGGCCACGGAAGAGGCUGUGAGGGCGAGAUUGAGUGCUGAGAGAGGGAGAGAGGAGGCUGAGGAGAGGGCAAAGGAGGCUGAGAGGAGGAUAUUGGAAUGCGAGGAGAUUGUUAGAGAGGAAGAGGCAAGGCGCAUCGAGGCAGAGAGGCAGGCGAUGGAGGAGGCGGAGCGCAGGAGGGGUGAGGCCGAAAUGGCCACGGAAGAGGCUGUGAGGGCGAGAUUGAGUGCUGAGAGGGGGAGAGCGGAGGCUGAGGAGAGGGCAAAGGAGGCGGAGAGGAGGAUAUUGGAAUGCGAGGAGAUGGUUAGAGAGAAAGAGGCAAGGCGCAUCGAGGCAGAGAGGCAGGCGAUGGAGGAGGCGGAGCGCAGGAGGGGUGAGGCCGAAAUGGCCACGGAAGAGGCUGUGAGGGCGAGAUUGAGUGCUGAGAGGGGGAGAGAGGAGGCUGAGGAGAGGGCAAAGGAGGCGGAGAGGAGGAUAUUGGAAAGUGAGGAGAGGGCAAAGGAGGAGGCGGAGCGUAGGAGGGUUGAGGCUGAAAAGGCCACGGAAGAGGCUGUGAGGGCGAGAUUGAGUGCUGAGAGAGGGAGAGAGGAUUCUGAGGAGAGGGCAAAGGAGGCUGAGAGGAGGAUAUUGGAAAGUGAGGAGAGGGCAAAGGAGGAGGCGGAGCGUAGGAGGGUUGAGGCUGAAAAGGCCACGGAAGAGGCUGUGAGGGCGAGAUUGAGUGCUGAGAGAGGGAGAGAGGAGGCUGAGGAGAGGGCAAAGGAGGCUGAGAGGAGGAUAUUGGAAAGUGAGAGGGCAAAGGAGGAGGCGGAGCGUAGGAGGGUUGAGGCUGAAAAGGCCACGGAAGAGGCUGUGAGGGCGAGAUUGAGUGCUGAGAGAGGGAGAGAGGAGGCUGAGGAGAGGGCAAAGGAGGCUGAGAGGAGGAUAUUGGAAAGUGAGAGGGCAAAGGAGGAGGCGGAGCGUAGGAGGGUUGAGGCUGAAAAGGCCACGGAAGAGGCUGUGAGGGCGAGAUUGAGUGCUGAGAGAGGGAGAGAGGAGGCUGCGGAGAGGGUGAAGGAUGCAGAGAGGAGGGUAGCGGAAGUGGAGGCAGUGGAGCGGGCGAGGGAGAAUGAGGAGCGGCGAGAGGAGGUUGAGAGACGAGUGAGGGAGGUUGAAGAGAAGAGGGCAGAAGCGGAAGGGAGGCUGGAGGAAGCUCAAGGGAAGUUGGAAGAAGCUUCUAAGGCGAAAGCGGAAGAUGAGAGGCGAUGGGAGGAGGCUUUUGAGUCGAGUCAAAACCAGAUGGAAGAAGCAUUGAAAAAGAAUGCCGAGGCUGAGAAGCGGUGGGAGGAGGCGGGGAGAAGCAGAGAGGAAGCGGAGAGACGGAGAGAAGCAGCUGAAGCAGCGAUGUUCGAGGCUGUUGAGAUGGUGAAAGGAGCAGAGAAGGCGCGGGCAGACGCAGAGGAGGCGAGGGGUGAAGCGGAGAGGGAGAAAGAGGGUGCGGUGAGGGAGAAGGAGGAAGCUAUAGAGGCGAAGAUAGAGGCGGAGCUGAUGAGAGAGGAAGCAGAGAAGGCGAGGGAUGAAGCUGACACGGGGAGAAACCUUGCUGUGAGGCAAAGAGAAAGUGCGGUGAGGGAAAGGGAGGAAGCUGCUGAGGCGAAGAGAGAGGCGGAGUUGAUGAGAGAGGAAGCAGAGAGGGCGCUUGAAGAGGCGGUUGAGGCAGGUAACGUGGUGAAAGGACGGGUGGAGGAGGCUGAGAGGGGGAGAGAGGAGGCGGAGAAAAAGAGAGAGGAGGCGGAGAAAAAGGGAGAGGAGGUGGAGAAAAAGAGAGAGGAGGCGGAGAGGAGGAGAGAAGAAGCAGAGAGGGCGCUUGAAGAGGCGCUUGAGGCAGUUGAAGUGAGGGAACGGGCUGAUGGGUUGGAGAAGGCUAAGGGGGAGAGUGAGAGAGGGAGGGUAGAGGCGGAGAAGGAGAAGCAGGAGGCUGAGAGGGAGAGGAAGGAGGUUGAGAGAAGAUUGAAGGAGGUGCGGGAGAUGAUGGUAGAGGAGAGAAGGGGGAGAGAGGAGGCUGAGAGGAGGGCAGAGGAGGCUGAGAGGGCAAAUGAGGAGGGAAAGAGAAGAGUGAUGGAAGCAGACGAAGCGAGAGAGGAGGCAGAGGCGAGGCUUCAAACGGUAGAUCUCGCAAGAGAGAAUGCUGAAAGGGGAAGGCAGGAGGCUGAUAGAAGAGCGACAGAAGCAGAAGAAGCGAGAGCAGAGGCAGAUGUGAGGAGACGAGAAGAAGCAGAGGGCGCAAUGGAUGCGGCACUGGCAGCAAGCGAGGAGGCGCAGAGGGGACGAGAAGAAGCAGAGGGCGCAUGGCAGCAGGCAGAGGCAGCGAGAGCGGAGGCGGAGAGGAAGGCAGAAGAACAGGAGAUUUCCUUGAAGGAAUCGGAGUCAGCGAGAGAAGAGGCGGUGAAGAAAAUAAAAGAAAUGGAUCAUUUGUUACGGGAAUCAGAGGCAGUGAGAGAAGAGGCGCAGAAGAAAGUAAGAGAAAUGGAGAAUUCCUUGAAGAAAUCGGAGGCAGCGAGAGAAGAGACGGAGAAGAAAGUAAAGGAGUUGGAGAAUUCCGUAAAGGAAUCAGGGGCAGAGAGAGAAGAGGCGGAGAAGAACGUAAAACAAAUGGAGGAAUCCUUAAAAAUAUUGGAAGCAGGGAGAGAGGAGGCGGAGAAGAGAGUAAAAGAAAUGGAUAUCUUGUUAAGGGAAUCAGAGGCAGUGAGAGAAGAGGCGCAGGAGAAAGUAAAAGAGUUGGAGAAUUCCUUACAAAGAUCCGAAGCAGGGAGAGAGGAGGCGGAGAAGAAAGUAAAACAAAUGGAGAAGGCGGAGAUAUCCCUAAAGAAAUUGGAAUCAGCGAGAGAGAAGGCGGAAACGAAAGUAAAAGAGUUGGAGAAUUCCUUAAAAGAAUUGGCGGCAGCGGGAGCAGGCGCAGAGAUGAGGAGAGACGAAUCAGAGGACGCAAGGCAGCAGGCAGAUGCAGCAAGAGAGGAUGCAGAGAGGAGGAGAGGAGAGGCAGUCGCAGCAAGGGAUGAGGCAGUGGCAGCAAGGGAGGAGAUUUCACAGCUACUGGGUGAUGCAGUGGAGGCAAGGAGAGAGGCGGAGAAGCAGAGGGAUGACGCUGUGAAAGCAAGGGAUGAGGCGCUAGAAGCAAAGGCUGGGAUUCAAAAGUCAUGGGAUGUUGCUGAUGAGGCAAGGAGAGAGGCGGAGGUAAGGAUUCGAGAGCUGGAGCACGCAAGGGAGGAGGCUGAAAGGGCAAGGACAGAAGCGGAGACGGCAAGGGCAGAGGCUGAGAAGGCGUGGAAGGAGGCAGUGGAGAAGGUGGCAGAGGCGGAAGAGAGGAGCGAGGAGGACAAAAAGGCAAAAGAUGAAGCAGGGCGGUUGAGAGAUGAAGUGGAAAAGGCAAGGGAGGAAGCAGAAAAGGCGAGGGAGGAAGCUGAGAAGGCGAGGGAGGAAGCUGAGAAGAUGAGGGAGGAGGCUGAGAAGGUGAGGGAUGAGGCGAUGCUCAGCCAAGGCAUGGCGUGCGCUGCAUGUGCGGAGAAGGACAAAGCCAUGCAGUCCCUCCAGGCUGCUUCAGCUAAUCAAGCCGUGACAUGCAGUGCGUGUGCGGAGAAGGACGAGGCAGUGCAGUCCAUACAGGCAGCCCAGGCUGCCCGCAUUCUCAACGAGCUCGCUGCUGCCCAGGCUGCCUCCGAAGCUGCCAUAGCCUUGGCGGCUGCCAAUGCUGCUGAGGAGGUUCGGGCGGAGCUUCGGAUGGCACAGGAAGGGUGGGAGAAACGGCUGAGCGAAGUGGAAGGGGAGCUGGAGCGCGUGAGAGGGGAGGGGGCGAGGCUGGAGAAGAGAGUCAAGGAAGCGGAGGAAGAGAGUGUGCGAUUGCGAGAGGAGGUGGAGGCUGAGAGGAAGGGGAGGGAGCAGGAGAGAACAGCCAAGGAAGAAGAGAAGAAAGGCAGGGAAGAGGAGAGGAAGGCGAAGGAGGAGGAAGGGGAGAGAAGAGAGCAGGCAGAGGCAUGGAGGAAGGCAGCAGAGGAGGAGGCGCAAAUGGUGAAGGAGGAUCUAGAGGUGAUGAGGAAGGCGAAGGAGGAGGAGAGGGAGAGAAAGGAGCAGGCAGAGGCAGGGAGAAGGGCAGCGGAGGAGGAGGCGCAGCUGGCCAGGGAGGAUCUAGAGGUGAUGAGGGACGCCAAGAGGGAGACGGUGCGCAACCUGACCGACUCCCUGGUGGCGGCGGAGCAGCAGCGGAAGAAAUUCCUGGCUCUGAUGCGACUGGGGGAAGUGUUUGAAGGCCUCUAGCUAUUCCAGCUUCGACAGAUGUGACGAGGGAGGUGAAGAGGGAGACAGUUUGCUAACUGACGGACUCGCUGGUGGCGGCUGAGGAGCAGUGGAAGAGGCUGCUCUACCUGCUGUGAAAGGCACACUUGAUAGAAGGUCACUAGCAAAAAUCCUAUUCACACCUUUACACAACAAAUAAAGCAUUCACAUCUGCAGAAUCCUAGGCGUGCCAAGUUCCGUUUUAGUGGAACACAUCUUCAGUAUAUUGAUAUUGUACGGUUCAUGUAGUGCACGAUUUUAAUGCAGCACUUUGUAAUGCCACAU